ACCCGGUGACACCGGUACAUUAUCUCCGCGAUAGUAACGCCGCCAACACGUUGCUAGUUAGUUGCAAUGUUGUAGCUAGUAGCACGAUAGUCAUUCCUGCGCUGGGAGGGAGCCCCGCCGUGUAGUUUGAAAACCUACGGAGUUAAUUCUCUCUUUAUUAUAGUUCAAUCGGCAGCCAACUGCUGGCUAACGGAGCUUUAGUGGCUAACUGCCGUAGUGGUUUGUCAUUCUCUGAACCCGUUAGCCUACCCAGCUAGCUCGCUAGCUAGCCGCUAGUGUUGUACCUUCUGCUCCUCCGUCAGUGCCAACAGUCUGCUGCCCAUGGCGAUGAGACAGACCCCGCUCACCUGCUCCGGUCACACCCGGCCUGUGGUGGACCUAGCAUUCAGUGGAAUCACUCCUUAUGGCUACUUCCUCAUCAGCGCAUGCAAGGAUGGUAAGCCCAUGUUGCGCCAGGGAGACACAGGGGACUGGAUAGGAACGUUUCUGGGUCACAAAGGCGCUGUCUGGGGAGCCACUCUGAACACAGACGCCACCAAGGCAGCUACUGCAGCGGCUGACUUCACAGCAAAGGUGUGGGAUGCAGUGAGUGGAGAUGAGGUCCUCACACUGGCACACAAACACAUCGUCAAGACUGUCACCUUUACUCAGGACAGCAACUCUCUGCUGACUGCAGGAAACGAUAAGCUGAUACGCAUCUAUGAUCUCAGCAACCCCGAAGCAGCACCACAGGAGAUUGCAGGUCACACCUCAGCCAUAAAAAAAGCCUUAUGGAGUAACAACGACAAGCAGAUUAUCUCUGCUGCCGACGACAAAACCAUACGGCUGUGGGACAGGAGCUCCAUGGAGGAGGUGAAGACCCUUAAAUUUGACACAUCAGUGAGCAGCAUGGAGUAUGUGGCUGAUGGGGAGAUUCUUGUUAUUACAUAUGGAAAGACAAUUGGCUUCUACAAUGCACUAAGCCUGGACUUGAUCAAGACGGUGGAUGCCCCGGCGCCCAUCAACUCAGCCUCCCUUCACCCAGAGAAAGACUUCUUUGUUGCUGGUGGAGAGGACUUUAAGCUCUACAAAUUUGACUAUAGCACCAAGGAAGAGCUAGAGUCCUAUAAGGGUCACUUUGGUCCAGUGCAUUGUGUUCGCUUCAGUCCGGAUGGAGAGCUGUAUGCCAGCGGCUCUGAGGACGGCACCCUCCGACUGUGGCAGACAGCUGUGGGGAAGACCUACGGCCUGUGGAAAUGUGUCCUUCCGGAGGACUUGGGGGCAGAGAACUCUGAGCAGCUGUACACUUCGACCCCUGAGAUCAAAGCAUGACGAGAAAGCAGUGCUGUUUGGAAAUAGGAUGAGGGAAGAGACGGAAAGGAAACGAUGCGGCGGGAUGUUCCAGAAUUCUACCUGGCCCCAGCAAGGAGCAGAGUCCAGGGAAUCUCCAUCAGAAACUGAUGUGGAUAUUAUGACUGUCCUGUCGGUCAUAGACUUGCCCAUCACACACUUACAAAGACACAGAAAUUCACAGACACACACUGAUUUCAUGCAGUCAAAUGAACAGUAUGGGCUGCAGAGUAAAGCAGUAGAGCUGUGAGUGUCAAGUGUCGGCACAUGGCUGCCUGCUUUCUCUCUGAUUAGCCCAGUUCUGUCUGUCUGGUCUGUUCAUUUCUAUUCACACACACACACUCACACUCACACAUAUACACACACACACACACACACACGAUGCAAUGAUCAGUUUGGGUUUCAAAAUUAAGAUACUUAAUGAGCUGGGCCAAGACUUCUGUUUUCAGUUCAUUGACAAGAAUAAUAUAAGUAGUAGCACAGUUUGUGCUAAAGUAAUGCUCUUUAUUUCUCCAAAAACAUUGCUUUGAGAAUCUGCUGCUUUUGUACUGGCUGAAUACAUGGAGUUAAGUGGCUAAAUAAAAGAAAAUAUUGUUUUGUGA